GAUGAAUAAACCUACAUGUUUCACAGGAAAGAGUUAUUAGAUUGUAAAGUUUGCCACCCAAUGCUAACAACAAUGGAGGAGAGGUUAAUAGCUGCUGUGUCCGAUUAUCCAGAGUUGUACAAUUCUACAAUAAAUUCAUAUAAAGACUCCGCGAGAAAAGCCAAAGCGUGGAGAGCUGUGAGUUUACAAGUUGACAUACCAGAAGAGGACUGUCGCAGGAGAUGGAAGAGCUUACGGGACAUGUUCAUCAAAGAUAAACGAGCAGAGCAGCGCAGGCGAGUGUCAGGAACGUCGCACCGCAGCUGGAAGUACAGCUGGCAGAUGUCUUUCCUCACGCCGUUCAUCCAGUCCAGAUCGCUGGCCACAGACGAGCCCGAGGAAGACCGAGAUGAUGAAGACAAGGAGGAGGAGAGGGCAGUGGACGGAAACUCUUCGUUUGUCGACCGAGACUUUGAGGGGGAUCACGGGAUGCUGGAUGGAUCGUCGCAAUACAGCGCGUCUGGAUCACAAGAACCAGGACGCAAGCGGAAGUGGCAGAUGGAGGGAACGGAGGACUUGGAGGACGAAAUGUUCUUGUUUAGUCUUCUGCCGUAUCUGAGGAGGCUGCCUUAUGCGAAGAAGAGUGCGGUGAAAUUAAAAAUUCACCAGCUGUUGUAUGAGGCAGAGUUUAAGUGACGUUCUAUAGUUUUUAUUCAUAUUUUUCUAUCUUUUAUUGAUAUUGAAAUUCUAUCCAUUGCAUUUUUUUUUUACGUUCAUAACAUACUGUAUCGACACUGGUAGAUUUUGAUGUUUGUUUCAUCAAAGAUGAAAUUAUUAAACGGAAAUGUACAUGCUGAGAAUGAUUGUUGAGUUUGUAACAUACAAAUUCCUCUUCUGUGAAGUUUGGUGUUUCUAUGGUUACUCUCUAGCGGACGAUCUGUGGAAGUACACUAUAUUGCCAAAAGUAUUCGCUCACCCAUCCAAAUAAUUGAAUUCAGGUGUUCCAAUCACUUCCAUGGCCACAGGUGUAUAAAAUGAAGCACCUAGGCAUGCAGACUGCUUCUACAAACAUUUGUGAAAGAAUGGGCCGCUCUCAGGAGCUCAGUGAAUUCCAGCGUGGUACUGUGAUAGGAUGCCACCUGUGCAACAAGUCCAGUCGUGAAAUUUCCUCGCUACUAAAUAUUCCAGUCAACUGUCAGUGGUAUUAUAACAAAGUGGAAGCGACUGGAAAUGACAGCAACUCAGCCACGAAGUGGUAGGCCACGUAAAAUGACAGAGCGGGGUCAGUGGAUGCUGAGGCGCAUAGUGCGCAGAGGUCGCCAACUUUCUGCAGAGUCAAUCGCUACAGACCUCCAAAGUUCAUGUGGCCUUCAGAUUAGCUCAAGAACAGUGCGUAGAGAGCUUCAUGGAAUGGGUUUCCAUGGCCGAGCAGCUGCAUCCAAGCCAUACAUCACCAAGUGCAAUGCAAAGCGUCGGAUGCAGUGGUGUAAAGCACGCCGCCACUGGACUCUAGAGCAGUGGAGACGUGUUCUCUGGAGUGACGAAUCACGCUUCUCCAUCUGGCAAUCUGAUGGACGAGUCUGGGUUUGGCGGUUGCCAGGAGAACGGUACUUGUCUGACUGGAUUGUGCCAACUGUGAAGUUUGGUGGAGGGGGGAUUAUGGUGUGGGGUUGUUUUUCAGGAGCUGGGCUUGGCCCCUUAGUUCCAGUGAAAGGAACUCUGAAUGCUUCAGCAUACCAAGAGAUUUUGGACAAUUCCAUGCUCCCAACUUUGUGGGAACAGUUUGGGGAUGGCCCCUUCCUGUUCCAACAUGACUGCGCACCAGUGCACAAAGCAAGGUCCAUAAAGACAUGGAUGAGCGAGUUUGGUGUGGAAGAACUUGACUGGCCUGCACAGAGUCCUGACCUCAACCCGAUAGAGCACCUUUGGGAUGAAUUAGAGCGAAGACUGUGAGCCAGGCCUUCUCGUCC